AUGCAGCUGCGAAGUAGCAUCCGAGCUCAGCUAAACCUCAAUGGUUCCCGGCAUGAAACAUCAGGCACAGCCGACAACAAGUCGAGCUUUCUCAACCUACCGCCAGAAAUUCACCUUCUCAUCUUCGAGCACCUAGGAUUUCCGCCUAUCUCCUCCAUCAACGUUGCUCAGUUUCCAACUUGGGCAGCCCUGGAAUUGACUUGCAAGGCUGCCCAAGCCAUCACGGAACCAUAUCUCUACCACAAGAUUUACACGAACGUGAGAGACACCUAUGCCCACAGUGGACAGCUCAGGCCUCUGGCAGCUCGGAAACGACGCUUUGACACGAGAUCGUUGGUCAAGCUGUUACGCCGAAGGUCUCAUCUGGUCAAGUUUGUCAAAUUCUUGAUCAUAGAUGAGUACGAUCCAAGGGCUUUGAGGCAGCUUUUGGCGAAUGAUUUCGUAAAGCUUGAGAGCUUGAUCGUGCAGCAAGAUGAUAAGGUCCUUCGGCAUGUUGGCAGGAAGACUUGCGAGCGCUGGAAUCAUACGGCCAAGAGGCAGGCGAAGCUAAAGAAUUUCGUAUUCUUCAUCGCGCAAGACGAGAGAUCGCACACGAUGUACCCACUUGCUGUCGCCGAUGCCACGCUCUUCAACAACCCAUCUCUGACCCGGAUCAGACUGUCCUGGGUUUGUAUAACUCCAUUCGAAGACCUGCCAGAAGACCACCUUUACCACCCGAGCCUUGAAGAGCUAAACAUCGAAAGAUGUGGCUUCACCUUGGCAAGUCUGAGUCGCCUCAUCCACCGGUCCACGAGACUCACGACCCUGAGGAUGCACUGUGUAGACUUUACGCCACUAUCUGCAGUGGAUGAAGCCGACUUCAUACCAACACUAGAAGCUUUCGCUGGCAAUAGUCUCAAGAUUCUCGACCUCACUUGGCCUGACUUGAUCCCUAAGGAUGAAGAGUGGACUGGAUGGGAUCUAUCACGAUUCACCGCGCUGCGCCAUCUGAACGUCUCGCCCUUCUUCCUCUUCGGCGUGGACGCUUACACUCUAGACUCACCUCCCGAAGACCUCGUUACACUACUCCGACGAAGUCUUCCUCCAAGGGUGAAGCUCUUAGGAUUCGAUAGCAUGAUGCCUCGAAAUCCCGUACCAACACCUCCCCCAGGCUUUGGCCUUGAUCUUCCAGAUAUAUCACAUUACCUCCUGCGUACUUUAAUACGGUUUAUGGGUCAAGAUAACUUUGUCCCAUAUCUGACCAGGAUCUUCGUCUUCUAUUGCGAGUAUCUGGCUCGAAUUCCGCAAGAGUUGAUCGAAUGCGCCUAUCAGAAGGGCGCCAGGCUAGGGUUCAUGCAUCAGGUCGAUCACAAGGAACUUGCUGUAAUCACGCAUGAGUGGCUUGAUGAGGACGGGAAUGAUGAUGUUAGGGAGCAUAAUAGAGAGCGAGAGGAAGAGUAG